AUGGGCAACUCUAAUACAAAAGAAUCACGCUCGGGCGACAACCGCGAAGCCGGUACCGACGGGCGGGGGGAACCCGGCAGAUCCCGCAACCGCUUGAGCAGAGGCGACUUGAGCGGCUUCCUGAAUCUUCAAUCGAGUACUCGAGACCGCGAUCGUGACCGCCAAAAUGCUCCAUUCGAGCGCCGCGAGACGAAGCAGGAGCGUGAAGCCCGUCGACUGGAGCGCGACCGCGCCGCUCGGGCCAAGGAACGAGAACGCAGCCUGCGCGAGGAACACGUUGAUGGCGGAUUCCUUGUUACCCUGGGCACGUAUACCGGCAUCGAGGACUUCAGCAAACCAGUUGUGAGACAGCUACAGAUCGAGAGGAAGCUCGCUCCAUUCUGGCGUGGACUCAACGACUGGUCUGCAAACUGGGCCGAGCACCAACUCGUCGCCGCCGCUCGCGGCUUGCCCAUACCAGCUGCCGACACGCCUCCAGACCCUGGGCUGAUGCCCCGGCCUCGCCCAUCUGAGCCAGGGAAUCUGACCGUGUCGAUGGGAGAACGCACCCUCUCUGCGGCGUCGGAUCGUAGCGAGGCUGCCGUCGCUUCCGACCUGCCAUCGCCGGCUGCCACGGGGCCCGUCAAGAGCUCGUCGUUCAAACCCAGGGCAAAAGCCAUUGCGGCGGCUCUUAGCGUGAGCUCCCGUAACGCGUCGGCUACUGACCUGGCACCAAAGGAGAUUGCCCUACCCAACGACCCGUUCGUCAAUGGCCAGCCAAUCGAGGUCUUUCUUUACAAGGAGGCGGAUGACUGCCCCAUUUGCUUCCUCUCUUACCCGCCAUAUCUGAACCGAACCCGAUGUUGCGACCAGCCCAUCUGUAGCGAAUGCUUCGUGCAGAUCAAGCGAGCCGAUCCCCACCUUCCCGAGCACCAUCCGGACGGCCAAGCCAGGGACCCUAACCAAGGGCUUACCGCCGAUGACCCGCCAGAGAUGCUCAUAUCGGAACCUUCGGCGUGUCCCUAUUGUCAGCAGCCCGAGUUUGGCGUGACGUACGAGCCACCCCCUUUCCGACGAGGGUUGGCCUUUUCCGCGGCAUCCUCCGCCCUCGCCUCCUCGACAGCCAUGUCCUCGCAGAGCUCCCUCAACUCGACCCCUCCACCCAUGUCACCCCAGCAGGUCGGGCGACGACGCACGCAUAGUCUGUCGGCGACGGCCCCGAAUGUCAUCACCACGGAUCGCGUGCGGCCGGACUGGGCAACGAAGCUGGCGGCGGCGCGUGCCCACCAAGCCCGGCGCGCGGCGGCCGCAACGGCCCUGCACACGGCCGCUUUCCUCGUGGGUGGCAACGAGCAGCGGUCCCUCUUGCGCUCCAGCAGAUUCGGGCGCAGAAACACUGGUAGCAACGGGUCAAACACGCCAGCAGCUGAGCAAAGCGGAAGCGCUAUUGGAGGAUCCGACGCCCUGCAGUCUGGCGAGGGCGGAUCGUCAAAUAGGCACAUGGCUCUACGACGCCGCACCCGCAUGGAGGAACUGGAAGAGAUGAUGUUUAUGGAGGCUGUGCGCUUGUCUCUGGCUUCAGAAGAGGAUCGAAAACAUAAGGAGGACAAGGCCCAACGCAAAGAGGAGAAGAAGCGUCAGCAGGCAGAGCGCAAGGCGCAGAAGAAGCAAGGCAAGGAUCCGUACGGCGGAGGUGUCAGCGGCGCAAGUGCCAGCAGCCUGUCGCUCGGGCUGGGUCGCAUGAGAGGGAACAGCGCGGCUAGCAACCUGAGGAUGGAGGCCACAUUACAGGGAGCGUCAUCGGCGUCAAGGAUGGAAGAGACGCAAGCCACAGAGCACGAGGAUCAGGACGAACACGCUGCGGGCAAGGGCAAGGGUGUUGACCGAGCCCCUCGGGAAGCGAUGGGCUCUGCCAGCACUCCCGCGGGCUCCCUUAACGUGCCUCCGUGCGCCACCCGCAGUGGUUCCCAUUUGAGGCAGAUGAGCAACACCUCCUCGCUAGUUUCAUCCUCCGCGGACAGCCCAUCUGGUAGCUACAGUGGUCAAGGAUUCAUUGGGCCAGAGGGCGGCAGUCCGUCUCGCGUACCUCGCGUCGACGAUGCGGAUCCCGAUACUGGCAACGAGCCUUUGUUCAACUUUCGGAGCUUGGCAGAGCUUGUCGGGGUCAAUAUUGAAGACGGGUCUUCUCAGGCGGCAGGAGGCGACGGUGUGCCCUCGGCUCAUAAUGACGUGCAAGUAUCGGGCCGGCCGCUCUCACGGGUCAACGAAGAGGAGAAGGAAGAAGACGAGGCGCAGCCCGUCGAGGACAACAAGCCAAGACAGCCUGGCGACGAGAAGACUCCAUUGCAGACUUCCAUCAAGGCAGCAACAGAAGGCGCCCCGUCUUCCCAGGAGACGACUGCCCCUGCGACGCCCGAGAAAAACUCGGAUCGCGACGCUGCGGGCCGUGGGAGCAGCAAUCCCUCGCCGGGAGUAGCACUCGCCCUCGAAACAUCGAUGGCGGCCGACGACGCCGCAGCAGACGACAAGUCUGUCGGACGCUCAAGUGUCACGGAGCGGCCGUCGUCGACGGCGCAUUGA